GUACAUAUAUGUGUUUAUAUAAAAUAAGUGCUAUAUGGAAAACCAAAGCAGGUGAAUGCAAUUGAGGGUGAUGAAGUGGGUGCUAUUUCAGGUAAGUUGGUCAGAGAAAGUCUCUCUAAGCAGUGACAUUUGAGCCCAGAUCUAAGUGAGGUAAGUUAGCAAACCCAUGCUCAUAAGCCUAUGCAACACUGCAUUAUCUCUUUCACGAAGAAGAAAAAAAUAGGCAGGAUGUUGAUACACAAGACAAGUUCCACCUGCAACCACAGGUUGUAGGAAACUCACCUGCGUGGUAAAGCUGAUCCAUUUGCUGGUGCUCUUCCUGUCCUUGUUCUUGCGCUCUCACUCUCCCCUGCCUUCCGUCUCAUCUACUGGUCAUUUCUCAGACCAUUCUCCUGCCCUCUGUGGGCUGAAUUUCAGUACUGAACUACUUUCCCCUUCUUGUCUCUUAUUUUUCCUUUCAAAGAAUUAAUUCUAUGCAGUGUCUGUCAUUGGGCACUUCAAUGCCCCAAACAGAAUUAUGUGACAAUUUAAUUCUGUUUAACUAACUAGACGCUGAGGAUUCUUCCCUAUCGAGCCUUUUUAGCAAUCAAUCAACCAAUUUUGGGCUCUGUGUUAGGAGCUGGGGGUGAAAUAAUGAACAGGACAUAGUCUCUGCCUUAAAAAGAGUUAAAUUCUAGUUAGAAAAGAUAGGCAAUAAAAUUGUAAGUGAAAUAAAUAACUUUUAGAUGUUGAUAAUAUGAUAGUGAGCUUAUGUGGGGGUUUCUUAGUAUUUAAGCUGUUGCCCUUCUUAGAAAAACUGUAAAGACAAAUAUUAAAUAUAAUCACAAUGCCUUCUGGUGCUGUCAUCCUCAAAAUAAAUGACAGGUUGUGAGUGGCCUAGCUGCACUGUCCAACAUGGUGGCCACUAGCCAUGUGGCUAUUAAAAUUAAAAUUAAUUAAUUAUAUAAAAAUUCCCAGUUCACACUAGUCACGUUGCAAGAGCUCAACAGUCACAUGUGUCUAAUGACUGCCAUUUUGCAGAGCAUGGAUAUGAACCUGUUCCUCAGUGCAGACAGUUCUGUUGGACAGCACUGGUCUGAACAGCAUGCAGCUGAAGGGAAUCUUGCAUCAAUGGUAAGCACAGCAGCUAACAAUUUUGUGUCACUCACUUCAUUUCAGUUUAACUCAUUUACUUCUCACAAAACCCUAUUAGAUAGUUACUGCCACUAGAUCCCUCUUACAGAUUAGGAAACUGAGGCACCUAGCUUUAUCGUUCAAUAUCUGUCAACUAGUAAUAAGAAAUGCUGAGGACUGAACCCAGACAGUCUGGCGCAGGAACCUACUCUCUUACCAAAAUAUCCCCAUAUCUUGGUAUGGGGAAGCUGAAGAGGGUGAAGAAGAGAUAUUAGCGUGGCAGGCAGUGCCUCCAUAGAAAUAAGAAAUGGCCAGAUUUGUCAAUGUCUUCACCAAGUGUGACAUUUUCAGAUCCAUCAGACUCAUCUAAGACAGGUCUUACUGGCCAAAGGUUUGCAUGGAGCUGGGAGGAAGAAUUAUGGAAUGUUAGAACUGAAAAGAACUUUGAAACCAUCUAAUCAAAUAUUUCACAGAUGAAGAAACUGAGACAUGCAGUUUACCUGACCUGUCCAGGAUAACAGAGUGAGUGAUGACCACAGCCAAGAUUAGCCGCAAGCUUCCUGCCCAUGUGGGUGUUUACACAGCGUCCCCUUGGCACCAAGAGCUUAAAAUUUCCCUAAUAUAUUUUUUGUUAUUAGUUCGGAAAUGUACUAAUCUUGGGAAGUGGUUUUCUUCUUCCCAGUUUGUUAGCUGUGCCAGAGUGUAUUACUGCCCUUUUAAUCCAUCCACUUUCCUUUUGUCUAGCAUUCCCUUAUUUUACCCAUCCAUUCUUACAUUCCUCCCUCAUCAUUACAACAGGCAUCCACAACCUAGCUACCCAGACACUUCUUUCCUGAAAAAAGGUAAAAAUUCAUAGCAGUUUGAGUCCUUACACACACUGUUAGCAAUUUGGAAAACAUGUCGUAGGUUCCACCAUCACUUUAAGCGAGUCUCUACAAAUUUUGUUGUGCAUUGUUUGUAGGAGUUUCUCCCAGUAUUAUCUCAUCACCCUGUACAUACUCAGCCUUGCCAGCCACCAAGAUGCACGCAAAUAAAGCUCUGUUGAAGAAUGAGUUUUCCUUGAGCUUUUAGUUUCUGUUCCACUACAGAGAGAUCAUAGGCGCCCAGAGCAUAAAGCAGUCUGAGUGGCGCUGACAACCCCAGAACUGCAGCCGAUUGGGGCACUGUACAAGCUUCAUGCCUUCUUCCUCCCCACGCAGGACUUCAGCUCGAGCCGCACCCAGCUUAAUCAAUCGCAAGACCCGAAGUCGUGGAGCAAGUCCAGUCCCAGGGAGUCUGGCUCAGGCUUUGCGGGCGCCGUGGAGAAGCUGGCAGGCAGCAGGUUGAGCUCCACUGGACACAGCCAAGUGGCUCGGGGCGCGCCCGCUGCGCUCUCGGAGUCGGAGUCUGGCGCACGGCGGGAGGCAGGCGCGUUCCCACCCUCCGAAGCCGCCUCCUCCCUCUGGUCUCUCUCGGCUGGGCUUCCGCGGCUAAACCACCAGCCGGUCUCCACCUCCGGCGCCGGGCGCGCAGCUCCCUCCAAUCCCGGCUUACAUAACGCGGGCGGGCGCGCUCCCGCCGCCGCUUAGCCCCCAGUGGAGUUGGGCUGCGCCCUCCAGCCUCCUCGGCGAGCAGCUUCGCGCACCCGUGCGCCCCACACUAAGAGGUGACCCUUCUUGGCCACCCAGCAGCAGCAGCCGGGCCGUUUCUCCGCUGGUGUGAGAACACUGAGAUUGGAGACGGGAUCGCCUCACUGUGCCCAACUCCCUCCCUCCCUCCGCCUCCCACUCCCCUCUCAGCACCCCCCACCCUCGGGCCUGUGAACGUUCGGCACGGGCGAGGGGACCCUGAGAGCAGUCCAGGCUCGGCGCGCGGCGGAGCUGCGGCUGCUCUUGCUGCUGGGGGAGCGGCGCGGUGGCCGCCUUGCGCCUCCCGGACUUCCCAAGUGGGGGCAGAGCAGCCGCUCGCGGAGCCGCCAGUUAGAAGGCACAGGGAAAGAGGGACCUCCAAACUCCUCCUCAGCGUCUCCUCUCCACCCCCUUUUGGCCCCUGCCCUUGGAGAAAGUGGAGUGUGGCGCUUGGUUAUCUUUAUUUCUUCGAACUGCUUCGCGCUGCGCGGAUUCAGCUGCCGCCCGGUGGGGCUCUCCGCUGUUUGCGCGUCUGUGUGGCUCCCCUCGGCACACCUCUGUCGACGAUGAGGAAAGGUCUGCGGGCGACAGCGGCCCGCUGCGGACUGGGACUGGGAUACGUGCUGCAAAUGCUCGUGCUACCUGCCCUGGCCCUUCUCAGCGCCAGCGGCACCGGCUCGGCCGCUCAAGACGACGAUUUUUUUCACGAACUCCCAGAAACCUUUCCAUCUGAUCCUCCUGAGCCUCUGCCACAUUUCCUUAUUGAGCCUGAAGAAGCUUAUAUUGUGAAGAAUAAGCCUGUGAACCUGUAUUGUAAAGCCAGCCCUGCCACCCAGAUCUACUUCAAGUGCAAUAGUGAAUGGGUUCAUCAGAAGGACCACAUAGUAGAUGAGAGGGUAGACGAAACCUCUGGUCUCAUUGUCCGGGAAGUGAGCAUUGAGAUUUCACGCCAGCAAGUGGAAGAACUCUUUGGGCCUGAAGAUUACUGGUGCCAGUGUGUGGCCUGGAGCUCAGCGGGCACCACAAAGAGCCGGAAGGCCUAUGUGCGCAUCGCAUAUCUGCGGAAGACAUUUGAGCAGGAACCUCUGGGAAAGGAAGUGUCCUUGGAACAGGAAGUCUUGCUCCAGUGUCGACCACCUGAAGGGAUCCCAGUGGCUGAGGUGGAAUGGUUGAAAAAUGAAGACAUAAUUGACCCCGUUGAAGAUGGGAAUUUUUAUAUCACCAUCGAUCACAACCUAAUCAUCAAGCAGGCGCGCCUCUCAGACACCGCCAACUACACUUGUGUCGCCAAAAACAUUGUUGCCAAGAGGAAAAGCACCACUGCGACUGUCAUCGUCUACGUGAAUGGUGGCUGGUCCACCUGGACAGAGUGGUCUGUGUGUAAUAGCCGCUGUGGACGAGGGUAUCAGAAACGCACAAGGACCUGCACCAACCCAGCACCUCUCAAUGGGGGUGCCUUCUGUGAAGGGCAGAGUGUGCAGAAAAUAGCCUGUACCACGUUGUGCCCAGUGGAUGGCAGGUGGACCUCAUGGAGCAAGUGGUCUACUUGUGGGACCGAGUGCACACACUGGCGCAGGAGGGAGUGUACAGCACCCGCCCCCAAGAACGGAGGCAAGGACUGCGACGGCCUUGUAUUGCAAUCCAAGAACUGCACGGAUGGCCUUUGCAUGCAGAGUUUCAUUUAUCCUAUUUCAACUGAACAGAGAACCCAGAAUGAAUAUGGAUUUUCUUCCGCCCCUGAUUCAGACGACGUUGCUCUGUACGUCGGCAUCGUGAUCGCGGUGAUCGUGUGCCUGGCCAUUUCUGUGGUUGUCGCCCUGUUUGUGUAUCGGAAGAACCAUCGAGACUUUGAAUCUGAUAUCAUUGACUCUUCAGCGCUCAACGGAGGCUUUCAGCCCGUGAACAUCAAGGCAGCGAGACAAGAUCUCCUGGCGGUCCCCCCAGACCUGACAUCAGCUGCGGCCAUGUACAGAGGACCUGUCUAUGCCUUGCAUGACGUCUCAGACAAAAUCCCAAUGACCAACUCUCCAAUUCUGGAUCCGCUUCCCAACCUGAAAAUCAAAGUGUACAACACCUCAGGUGCUGUCACCCCCCAAGAUGACCUCUCUGAGUUUGCAUCAAAGCUGUCCCCUCAGAUGACCCAAUCCUUGUUGGAGAAUGAGGCCCUCAGCCUGAAGAAUCAGAGUCUAGCAAGGCAGACUGAUCCAUCCUGUACCGCGUUUGGGACCUUCAACUCCCUCGGAGGUCACCUUAUUGUUCCCAAUUCAGGAGUAAGCUUGCUGAUUCCCGCUGGGGCCAUUCCCCAAGGGAGAGUCUACGAAAUGUAUGUGACUGUACACAGGAAAGAAAAUAUGAGGCCACCCAUGGAAGACACCCAAACACUCUUGACCCCAGUGGUGAGCUGUGGGCCUCCAGGAGCCCUGCUGACCCGCCCCGUCAUCCUCACCAUGCAUCACUGCGCAGAUCCCAGUACCGAGGACUGGAAGAUACAGCUCAAGAACCAGGCAGCACAGGGGCAGUGGGAGGAUGUGGUGGUGGUGGGAGAAGAAAACUUCACCACCCCCUGCUACAUUCAGCUGGACGCAGAGGCGUGCCACCUGCUCACCGAGAACCUCAGCACCUACGCCCUGGUUGGCCAGUCCACCACCAAAGCGGCCGCGAAGCGCCUGAAGCUGGCCAUCUUCGGGCCCCUCUGCUGCUCCUCCCUGGAGUACAGCGUCCGAGUCUACUGUCUGGACGACACCCAGGAUGCCCUGAAGGAAGUUUUGCAGCUUGAGAGACAGAUGGGAGGACAGCUCCUGGAAGAACCCAAGGCUCUUCAUUUUAAAGGCAGCACCCACAACCUGCGCCUGUCGAUUCACGACAUCGCCCAUUCCCUCUGGAAGAGCAAACUGCUGGCUAAAUAUCAGGAAAUUCCUUUCUACCAUAUCUGGAGUGGGUCUCAACGAAGCCUCCACUGCACAUUCACUCUGGAAAGAUUCAGCCUGAACACGGCGGAGCUGGUGUGCAAACUCUGCGUGCGGCAGGUGGAAGGAGAGGGGCAGAUCUUCCAGCUGAGCUGCACCGUGGCUGAGGAACCUACUGGCAUCGAUUUGCCUCUGCUGGAUCCAGCGAGCACCAUCACCACCAUGACAGGACCCAGUGCUUUCAGCAUCCCUCCCCCUAUCCGGCAGAAGCUCUGUAGCAGCCUGGACGCCCCACAAACGAGAGGUCAUGACUGGAGGAUGCUGGCCCAUAAGCUAAACCUGGACAGGUACUUGAAUUACUUUGCCACCAAAUCGAGCCCAACUGGCGUAAUCCUGGAUCUUUGGGAAGCACAGAACUUCCCAGAUGGAAACCUGAGCAUGCUGGCAGCUGUCUUGGAAGAAAUGGGAAGACAUGAAACAGUAGUGUCUUUAGCAGCAGAAGGGCAGUAUUGACCCACGCUUGGACCGAAAAUGAAGGACAAGAAUGCACAGGGAGUCUGUGUCCGUCUGGGGGAUCACAGCUGAGGAGGAGAGGCAGACCAGACCAAUGAGCUUCACAGGUGACAUGGCAGCAGGAGAGAGGACAACAGACACAAUGACCGAUAUACACGCCCACUUUACUCGGACAUCGUCACGGGAGUUAAGAAUUGUGUAAAUUUGUACCUUGAAUUUAGAAAUCAACCUAAUUUUCCUCUUAGUUGGGCUGUAUGCUGUGUGGUACAGGAUCUUACAGUUUCCUAGGAAACGCUUUUUAUUGCUAUCCAGAUAUAUGGAUAAACUUUCUUAACAAACCCAAUUUCUACAAACGUUGUUUACAUCAAAUUGGACAGGGAUGCAGACACUGUCCAUGGCUUGUUCUAUUUUUGUUUAAAUCGUUUGAAGUUGAA